AUGGCAGGUCAUAAUUCUUGGAAGUCGUUUAUUUUUCGAAGAAGUAUAGUUGUAAAAAUUGAAGAGGCAAUUCGUCAAUCUGGUAUGAAUCCCCCGAGAAACAGUCAAGAAAUGGAAAAUCAUAUCUUCUCAAGAGCCAAGAAUAAAGAUGAAUAUCUUGCAUAUGCUGCCAGGAUAAUCUUGCAUAUGAGAGAAAUGAGAGAAAGGAUGAUUGUUCGUGAUCAGAGAACACGAGGAUAG